AUGGGAUUUUUGAGUGGCGUUCUCAGUAACAUCAAAGAGCAUUUAGGGCAGCAUAAAGAUACUUUAAAUAAUGCAAUUAACAUUCUUAACACCAAUAAACACGCCGGUAAAAAAGGUUUUAAUGCUGCGAUUGGAAGUGUGGUCGAAGGGGUGCGGGGGUAUAAUGAGAGGGUGAAGAGGUCAAAUGAAAAUGUCAAAACUAUUACAAGUAAGCUACUCAAAUACGUCACACAUGGCGGUAAUUUUAAUAGAGAUUUCAAUGGCAUUCGCGUAGACGAUGUUGCUGGAUCCCCGGAAGUUAAGGAUGCCCAGGUCACUAAGGUUGAGAAGUUAGUUAAGGAAUGCAGACAAAAUGCCAGAGAAUUCGGCAAAAAUAUUAGAAGGGCACACGAAGAUGUUGCCGAUUUGAAUCCUCAAUUACGUCAAAAUAUUGAGCGUGUAAAAAUUAAUAUUGCCCAUGAAAGUAAGAAACUCGAAGAUAUCCACGCAAAGCAGCAGAGAGGUUUGGAGGCCACGGAGAAAAUUAUUAAGGAGACUCUUCACGGACUUAAUUGCAAUGUGAAUGAAAAAAUUAAGAUAGAUGUGGAGAAACUUGUCGCCGACUUGAAGGAGAAAAUUUCGGUUAUUGUGAAGAAUCUCGACAGCAUCAAUGAAAAACUUAAGCAAUGCAUUAAUGGUCUUACGGAUUGGAUAACGAAGGCAGACAUGGUUGUAGAAGAAUCUUACAAACUGGUUCAGGAAAUAUUAAAUGCGCUUAAGGAUGACAAUUCGGAUACUAAUCCGUAUAAAAUAAAAGAUGUUGCCGAUAAGCUGAAGGUUGAGGCCGGUGUGCUGCACGGACAAUUCGAAGCUGCUAAAUCUGAAUACGAUAAGGUUUUUACGCUCAUUAAAGGGAAGGAUGGAGAUGGUGAAGAUAAAGACUGCGUUAUGAAGAAGCUUAAUGAGGUUCAAAGCAAAGUAAAGGAGCCACAACAGUUGGAGAAGUGGAAGGAAGGCGACUGGAAUCUGUCACUUCAGAUUGAAAAGCUCAUGAGCAAAAUUAAGCAGAACGUUGAAGGAUAUGUUGGAGAAUUAGUGGAUUCUUUGAAAGUAGCGGCGACAGCAGCUGUGGCAAUGGAUGGUCAAACUCCGGGUCUUAAUGCUUUGGGUGGUACUGCGCUGGGGAAGAUAAGACAUGUGGGAGGAUUGCUAGAGACUGCCAAUGAGAAGCAUGGGGAUCCCACUCUUGGUAAGAAUUUGGAGAGGUUCUUUACGAAUAUCCAAGCAGCUGUGAGCACGUGGGAGGGCGAGAAUCCUCCGGCAUCUAAAAUAUAUAUCCAGACGCUCCAAGCAGUCAAGGAAGCUCUCAGCAAUAAGACCGCAGCCGUUAAUUCAGAAUUUGUCGAGCUCCUCAUAGGUGCCGCCAUCACAGGUGAGGCAAAUCUUCAGACGGAAAUUGAUGAGAUUGUUAUUCAACAUCUUCAGCCCCUCAACGAUGAAGUAGAGAAGUUUGCCACGUUUGCCGAGGAAUCUAAACAGGGCGUUAUAGAUUAUGCUCAAAAUCUAACCAAACACCUUCGUGCGCUAUCUGAUGAUAUUAUGAAAGCGCUAACGACGGAUGACGAAAAGGAAGUGAACGACAGGCUCAGAGGCAGACUGAACGACCUAAAACAGAAGAUAUCGAAAGACAAGCCUAAUAUAACCGACAGCCUUCAAGCUCUACAGGGUAGACUAGACACACUUCACAGCGACGUGAAGGCCGAGCCCAUCACUAAACUCAGAUACCUCCUGAAUACAUACGCCGACCACGUGCGUGACAAAUACGUGAAGCAGACUCAAGAGCAGGUCAAUCAACAAGUGAAACGUGCAGUGUACACGAUCACGCAGCAAGCUCGUAAGCAGUACGUCUCUUUCGUCAGCGACAUGUUGACACUCUUCUCCACAAAGGUCGCCGAGGAGCUUACUGGGCUGCCACAGGAGAUGGAUCACGAUCUGGUCAUCGGCCUCCACGGAUUCAUGCACAGGUUUGAAUACACUUUUAAUCCAAAUUUUAGCGGUUAUGCCGCCAAUCCACCGGAGACUCUCCACGAUUUGUCGUCGAAGUUCAGCCAUAGUAUCAACUAUUUCGUCCAAGAACUGAAAACACAGAACAAUUUAGACGCAGACGUUGCACGUCUCUCGUCGCCAUUUUCUGCUGUAUCCAGAUUAUUCAAUGACCUUAACACAUCUCACCACUUCGAUCACACAUUCAGCCAGAACAUCAGUGACCUCGUUAGCAAACUGGAGCAUUGCGCACCUAAACAGUUCGGCGAUCUGUCCAAUGCGAUGCUAGAUGUGCUCAAGUCCGGUCUCCACGGUCUGGCAGGGGAGCUGUCCAAGGCAUACGUCUCCGUCUACGACGGCGCCAGCAAUAUCAACUGGGAGCAGGAGAAUAACCCGGAGACUACAUACUGCGCCAAAAUAUUUUUGACCGCUUUUUCCACAAUUUACGAUGCUGUGCAUGACUUGAGGAUAAAUUGCAACAGUCUGAAGGGUCACCAAAUUCACUCGACCUCUGAUCUUGGCAGGUUGUUCCUACGGCACGGCUUCAGAGUAUCAGAGAGCGACAAACAGCACUGGGAGCUACAGAACAAGGACGUCAUAAACGGCGAAUACGUCGCCAACAGACUUAGCUUUAGGGUCACCGGUGCGAAAGACAACGAUCAUCUUAAGCAGUGUGAGUCGAAUGAACGCAAGUCUAACGUCCUCUUUAAUCUUUUUGACAUUCUCAAAUGCAUUCUUUAUCACAUAGACAAGUACAACGAAGCGUGUCACAUCGCUAUACUCCCCAAACCUAGAACGCCAUGUACCGUAUUCGAGAUGCUGGUGUGGCUUUCAGGGCUCACUUACACUUCCGCGUACCAGGCGCUGCUAUCAGACGGGUUCACCAACGUGCUUGAUAAUCCGGAUACGCCGCUUGCUGGCGACGGAGAGAUAACCGUAUUUGACAUUGAGAAGUCGUACCUGGAGGCGCACCCGCAGAAGAUCACGUAUAAGAACAUAUGCAAGGUACUGGACUACCUUUGUUCGAAAUCGUACGAUUUGCUCACUACCGUUGUUGGCCACGGCGACGCGGCGACAUUCUACGCUUGCGACUAUUCGAAUAACACGCUGAAUUUGUACUACCCGAGCUCCGGCGAAGAUUGUUUGCAGAUGUUGCUUGACUUCCUGCGCAGAAUUUUGCAGCCGCUCAGAUUUUUGUUUGAACGAUGCAGUGUCGCAGACAAGAACUACGGAUGGGCCGACUGUCACUACGGCAGGGACGUACCUACAACCAAAUCGCACUGCAACAUCAAGCCAACGGACGAAGCAGCGUGCCUACCAAACUGUCAACCAAACUGCAAACCAAAUUGUCAACCAACAUCGCCAUUGAUGAACUACCUAAGUGACUCUCUACUCGGCUACCUGCCACACAGAUUGGAGUCUGUUGGAUGCAAAUCUAAAUGCUCCACUUGCCCCUCCACUUCUAGGCUGGGAAUGCCGUGCGUCACACCGCUGGGUUUCAGAGCGUUUUCUGGGUCGACGAAAACAGGCCGUCAGCUAGGUGAGAUGAUUCGAGAAUUCUUAGGUAGUGGCGUGGUUUCAUCAUUGUUCGGCUUGUCACCGACUCCGCCGAAGACGCUGCCGGAGCAUUUCGGUUUCGGGUUAAGCUUGGUUAAUAAGUGGGUCAAUGUUAAAUCUUAUCUAAAUAAUGUAGGUAUAAAACCAGUAUCACAAACUAAGAUUGAAGCAUCUAUUCAGAAACUCUCCAUUAAGCUCUACACCGACACGGGUAAUCUUACCAAUGCACUUCGUGACGCUUAUGGCAACAGUCAGCAUGAGCACCGCCAUCUGAAUCAUCUCGAAGUCUAUGCCGAUGUAUCUAGCCUAUGCAUGACUAGAAGUUGCGAGGACAGUUAUAUGCGCUGCGCUCCAUACCUAUCCACACUGUGUUCGGACACGUAUCAAUAUCUUGCUCAUAAGAACUUUGCCACGUACCUUACAUGGGCUGUCUACCUGCCGUGGGAUUUCUGGACUCAACUGAACAAUUUGUGUAACGCAUUCAAGAACAUUUUCUGCCAAGACUGGGGCUGUCAUACGUGUCUGCGUGCUGAUAAAUGUAAGCGUGGACAGCAUGGGCUCGUCGAGCAGAAAGAAGGUGAGCCUGCAAAGCCUCAUUGCAAGUGUCCAUCGAUGGUUCAGUGCAAGGGUGUAUCCGCAACACUGUACCAGUUCGGUUUCUGUUUUGGUAACGCGGCGACAUUAAAUAAUGAGACAUCGGCUAAGAAGUGUUCUGAUUUCUGCUCUCAGCUGGACAGGGUGUUGAAAUCGGAAUAUUUCAAAAAGCUAUUCACGGAAUGUGACAACUUCAUUUGGACCAUCAGAGAACCCUUCACUUACCUCGUCCUCGCACUCUGGUCACUAUCCCUCUUCUACCUCAUUUGCGUAAUGGUCGGCAGACUGGAUGUGCUCCACAUACGCUCACACCUGAGGAUACCGUCAUCGCACAAGAUAACGGCGCAGUCAUUGUUGACUACAGCGCAAGUCGGAAGGCUUGCCAAGAUAUCGUAUCUACAACCGUAA